ACAAAAGGGAAAAGAAAAAUAAAGAAAAAAAGAUCAAAAUUAAUUAAACAGAAAAUUGAAAAAAAAAAAAAACAUAUAGAAAAUAAUAAUAAAAUAAAAAAUUAGAAGUGCAGAAUUAGAAGGAUAGAGAAGUCAGCGAAGCAUUGUGUCAUGUUUUACGCAGACAACCAGGAAUCUCAAUUUCUGUUGGUUCCAACGGUCAUUCUUCCUUUGGAACCAAACCAAUUCUUUCCUUUUUAUUUUUCCAAUUAAUUAAUCAUCUUUGCUGAUUUUUCAGCCUUUCUUGAUUACAUCCGCAGGCAUUCUUGAGUUUGUCUUAUGAUUUCUUGGGUUUUCAGGGUCAAAAUUGCUGAUAUAGAUUUGAGGAAGGGUUACUUUUUUGUAAUUGAUAUAUGUUGAGUAAUUGAUAUGAAAUGGCCCCAAAUUGAAUAGGAGCAAUUAGUUUUUGAUUGAGGAGCAAUUGUUGUGGUUGUUGUUGGGAGAUUAACAAGUGCUUUAUUGGUUUGAUUCACUGGAAAUGUAAUGUGAUUUGGAGAAUUACAAGUUCUUUUUGUGGGCAAUGGCUGCCGGAGGGAUUUCAUCUGUUAAACAGAGAAAUCCGUGGCGAUUUAUGACAGUCUUGUCUUGUGCGGCUUGUGAAUGGUUCUUGAUGUUUAUGUUGUUUCUAGACGCGGCACUGUCAUAUUUGAUCACAAAAUUUUCUAGUUACUAUGAGUUGCAGACGCCGUGUAUGUUGUGUUCAAGGUUUGAUCACAUACUUGGGGAUAAGAAAAAUGGAUGUUAUAAGAGAAAUCUUUGUAGGAACCAUAAAGAGGAUAUAUCAUUUCAACUGUUUUGUCAUAUUCAUGGUAAUCUAGCCGAUGUCCGUGCUAUGUGUGAAGAAUGCCUUGUAUCAUUUGCUACUGAGAACAUACGUGUUAGAGAGUCAGAACACUUGAUUGAUAAACUGUGGAAUAAGAGCUUUAUACCUACUUCUCCCGGACCAUGGAGCUGUUCUUGUUGUCAGAAGACUUGGAGGGCUCGAUCAAGUGCUCAAAGAUUGCUCCAGCUAACUUCAGUUGGUUUUGGAGCUUCUAAGGCCAAUGUCAAGCCUCCUCUGCCAUGGGCACCAGGUCGUAGCCGUUUCAGCCGCCGUGAUAGCUUUAAGAAGAUCAGGGAUAAAAUUUCUGGGCCAGAGUCACCUAGGACAAGAGCUUCUGCUCUUGAUCCCUUAUCACAUGUAGGAUAUACGGAGUUGAAGAUUACUUCAGAUUCUGAGUCAGAAAUCCAGAUUUCUGAUGAUGAUGACGGAUGUUCUGCUACUCGUGGUAAAAAUGAUUCGAGAUCAGAAGAUAAUGUUCGACAUGGCAAAGGGAUAACAAAUAAAAGAGGAACUGAGCCUGUGUCUCCAGAGAAUCAACCUCACCAGUCCACUGAAUCCAAGCCUUCUCUUCUGGAUCAGCCCAUGCAGCAGACUGCCAGCUCGGGCAAAUCUGUGAGCUGUCAGACAUCUGAUGAUUUUAUAGGGCAUGGCUUAGCAGAACUUGAUUGGGAAAGUCUUUCUCCUAAGGCCGGUGCUUCUAUGCUGCCAGCGUUCAUUUCAUCAUAUAAUAUUACCCCUUCACCCAACCUUUUAGAAGAUCAUCAUCACACAUCUGGAGAGUUUUCAAAGUCCAAUAUGUUUCUCCCACGUGUCUCAGACCUCUCUGCACUUUCGGAGAUUAUAUCAGUGACCAAUAUAUCUUCUUCAUCCAGUAUCGAAAUCCAUGAGACGGAAUUGACUGAAGCUAAUGAUGAAGGAAACAUCUUAACCGAGAAGAAUAAUGCAAGACCUCCAGAUCAUUUAGAUGACAGUGCUCCAUCCCUAUCAAACCAAAAAAAUCAAGCUGAUAUAUCCGUUCUGGGAAACAGAGGGAGAAAACUAUCAGAUAGGCUUGGAGAACCAAGUGCAAUUAGUGAUUCUGCAAACGCUGGAGAAGGUACGAAGUCGCUUCCACAACUUUCUACUUCUGGAGUGGAUGAAUUGCAAACUGCAAGUCUUAGGAAUCAUCACGUAGAUGACUGCCAAAAAAGUGAUCCUUCUAGCUCUGACGGGGUACAUAUGCUUCAAACAUCUAGCUUCAUGGAGAGAGAUGAUUCCACAAUUGCUGGAGAAGGUAUGAAGUCACUCCCCCAACUUUCUACUUCUGGGAAGGAUGAAUUGCAAACUGCAAGUCUUAGGAAUCAUCACGGUGAUAACCACCAAAGAAGUGAUGCUUCUAGCUCUGACGGGGUACAUAUGCUUCACACAUCUACCUUUAUGGGGAGAGGUGAUUCUGCAAACGCUGGAGAAGGUAUGAAGUCGCUUCCCCAACUUUCUACUUCUGGAAUGGAUGAAUUGCAAAUUGCAAGUCUUAGGAAUCAUGAUCAUGGUGAUGAACACCAAAGAAGUGAUGCUUCUAGGUCUGACGGGGUACAUAUGCUUCAAACAUCUACCUUCAUGGGUAGAGAUGAUUCUGGUAAUGAAUCAGUAGAUGGAUUGAGCGUCAGUGAAAUUGAGGGUGAAAGUACUGUUGAUAGGUUGAAACGACAAGUUGAACAUGAUCGGAGAUACGUAAAUGCUCUUUACAAGGAACUGGAGGAAGAAAGGAGUGCGUCCGCCAUUGCCACUAAUCAGGCAAUGGCCAUGAUCACUAGGUUGCAGGAGGAGAAGGCAUCACUUCAUAUGGAGGCCUUGCAGUAUUUAAGAAUGAUGGAAGAGCAAGCCGAGUAUGAUAUGGAGGCACUAGAAAGGGCUAAUGAUCUCCUUGCUGAAAGGGAAAAAGAGUUGCAAGAUCUGGAAGAAGAGUUAAUAUUAUAUAGGAAUAAUCUUCCAGAUGAAUUAGCAGCAGAGGAUCCACGGAAGGAAAACAAAUACCUGAAAGGAGAAAAUGUACUAAAUGAGAAUCAUAGUUUAGAAAAUGUUGAAAACAAGCUCAGUGGCAGUUCAGAUUCGAAAACUGUUAAAGUAUCCAAAAUCUGUGAUAAACCUAGACAGUUUAAUGAUUCAAUGUGUAGCUUCGAGGAUGAAAAGCUUCGUAUUUUAAAACACCUAGAGAACUUGGAGAAAAAGCUUUCUCAAAUUUCUGCCAGGCAGGCCACAGAUAAUGUUCCUUGUAACGGAUAUUCAGAAAGGAUAAAGAAAGAUGUUGAUAAUCAAGUUAAGAAACAAAGUGAUGAUGGGGGAAGUACUAAUUCCCAACAGGAGGAGAUUUCUUCAUCCACACGCAAUGAUUUUUCCAAAUCAAAUGGAGAUUCCAUUGACAAGCCUGCUGAUUUAGACGUGGAAAAUGCUAUUGUUAGUGAAAAGAGAAACCAUUUAGACAUUAAGCAUGCUAAGGUUUCUUUGCUUGGAGGUGAAGUUGAUGGGGCUGCUAUAGGAAAUGAAAUAUCAGAGCUUAGUGGGAGGUUACAAGAACUUGAGGAUGACUGUAAAUUCCUCAUGUGUGCCUUUAACUCGCUCCAGAAUGGACAUGAAGGAAUACAGCUUAUUCAGGAAAUAGCUCGUCAGCUGCAAGAAAUACGGAAAAUUGAGUUUAGCAAGAGAUGACUUUCUCUAAAAUUUGAAGUUUCAAAUUUUACAAUGACAAGAUUCUCCUGCUGAGAUUAUCAAAGAGAUGCAUGCCAGAAAAGUAAGCUGUAGCGAGAAGCCCAGCUGCAUCAUUAUUUACAGCUCAUACUUGGAAAGACGAAGCACAUGACGCCAAAAGAAUCGUUUUGCUGAUCGAGAAUUGGUCUAAAGUACUGCUUUUCAGGUCCUGUUGUCCUCUUAAAUUGGUUUUGUUGAAAAGUUAUAGCUCGUCCUUUUUGUUUCCUUUUCCUAUUUUUGGUCAUUUUCACAAUUUUGCUAGUUGUUAAUCUGACCGUGUGGUGGGAUGUUGGUGUAAUUUGUGUAUAUCUUUUUCAAGGUUGGGCUUUGUUGUCAGGUUUCACAACUGUAAAUGCAGAUAGGUUCCUCAAGGAAUUCUAAAUUGAUUCUACUGCUGACUGCC